AGGUCAUGUCCUGUGGGCAUGUCGGGUGGGCUCUGCUGGAGGUAUGAAAGCAGCCUUUGCCACGGCCGAGAAUCAGUCGGUCCCAUCAGCGCUCUCCACUCGGGCUGAAGAUGAGCUGGGCUGGCAGGAUGAUCCUGGGGAUCUUCAGGAUCUUGCUGGUGCUUGUCCAUGCAUCAGCAGCCUGUGACUUCGGGCCCUUCCCUUACAGAGCCACCGGGAUCGUCUGCAGGAUGACCAAGCCCGCGGCAUUGCUGUUGAACCAGGAAACAGCACAGGUCAUCCAAGCAGCCUUCAGAAACGCCAAAUUCCCAAACAUCACCGGGGAAAGGUCCGUGCGUCUCCUCGGCAAGGUGGCUUACGAGCUGACCAACAUCCAGGUCAAUGGCUUGUCCAUAGAGAAGAGCGACGUGGAGCUUAAGGAAAAUAACGCCAUUUACAUUGCCAUUAAAAACGUGACGGCCUCCUUCAAAGGGACCCUGACCUACGGCUACGCUGGGGCCUGGUUUUUGCGGCUGUUUCACUCAGUUGACUUUGAGAUCGAGUCUUCCAUUGACCUCCAGCUGGACAUCAAACUGAUGUGCCAGGAGGAGAAGCUGGUUGCCGACGCCUCAGACUGCUACCUGACCUUCCACAAACUCACCCUUCACCUCCAAGGAGACAAAGAACCAGGCUGGCUGAAGCAGCUCUUCACGGAUUUCAUCUCCUUCACUCUGAAGCUUGUUCUCAAGAGGGAGGUGUGCAAAGAAAUCAAUUCUCUUGCUCAGAUGCUGGCAAAUUUUGUACUUGAUUUAGCAGGGAAUUUUGUCCGGGAUAAGGAUAUCAUGGUUGAUCUCUCCCUGGCAGCAGGCUCCCUGAUACAAACAGGUUAUGUCGAAUCACAUCACAAGGGCCUUGUGCUGUUCAAGAACUACUCCAGCACCCUGAGUGACUCUGUGUUCUCCCCGUCGCUGCUGACCGAGUCCCGAAUGCUCUACUUCUGGCUGUCCGAGCAUACCCUCAGCUCUCUGGCCUCUGCAGCUUUCCUGGAUGGGAGGCUGGUACUGACCAUCAGAGGGGAGAAGUUGCAGGCACUGUUUGAGAUGGAGGACACGGAAGUACAGCGGAAGGCGGUGCAGAUGAUUUUUCAAGGCACCUCCUAUAACGACUCUGUGGCCAAGGUGUGGAGUCUCGCCCAUCCUCAGAUUUCUCUUCAGCCUGAAGGGACAGUGGUGAAGUCCUUGGUGGCAGCAGAGGUCAGCAUCCUUCCUGCAGGAGGAGAGCCCCUGGUGGUUCUGUACAUGGAGAAGGAGAUCACAGUCACUAUCCAGGCUGCCUAUGCGGAGAGGAAACUCAUUUUGCAGCCUUUGGACUCCAGCGUAGAGUUUAAAGUCUUUAAAUGCACAGCUGAUCCAAGUGGGGAUGACCCAUCCGUACAGGACUUCCUGCAGAACAUGAUCUCGGUUGUUGGGAUCCCAGAAGUAACUUCAAGCAUUGGAUCAGGUCUGACUUCACUGAUGAACAGCAAAGGACUCAAACUCUUUGAUAUCAUAAAUCCCGAGAUCAUCACAAGACAGGGAUACGUAAUUGUACAGCUUGACUUUGACUUCCCGCAUCAUUUGCUUCUUGAUUUUCUUCAAAAAAGUUUAUAGAGCUGAUCCCUUCAUGGAGAGGCAUAGGAGCUUGUGUACAAACAGCAAGAUUUGUGUGUGAACCAAUUAAAAGAUGAGCUGAUUGAAA